AUGUCGGCGAGCAAUGCCACCUCCCUAAGUACGGGUGAUACUGCUGCGACAGUCUCCACGGCUACUGCGUCGGCGACGUCGGAGCCGUCCGCGACGCCGACCAGCACGCCGGCCGAUACGCUGACAAGUACUCCUGCUGACACUACCUCCACCUCCUUAGCUCCGGAGACCACCGCCAGUACUGCGCAGACGGUGACAACACCGACUUCAGAACCGGUGCCUACUACUCUCACUUCAGCAACAACUACCUCGGAUCCACCAACAACCCCCCCGACAACAACGGCAGAGCCUACAACUUUGACAACUGCUGAGACUACCCCAACCACGUCCUCGACGUCUGAGGAGACUACUUCUUCUUCGACAUCAACAACGGCAACCCCGACCCCGACGACAGAAACUUCAGUCUCUUCCUCUGUCAUUGUUUCUGAUGGGACUACGAGUACUCAGGUCAUUACGAGGACCGUCAUCAACACACCAACUCCCACCAACGCGGGCUCGGCGUCUGAGACCAGUGCCGGAUCGAUACAGAGCAGCGAGUCCAACUCCAGCAAUGGCAUAGGGACCGGUGGGACUAUCGCCGUCGCGGUGGUUGUCCCUAUCGCCGCUGUGGCAAUUCUGGUCGCUCUGGGCCUCUGGCUGUGGAGGAAACGCAAGGCACGCAAGGAGGCGGCUGAAGAGAGACGGAAGGAGGUCGAGGACUACACCUACAACCCGAACGCGGAUCCUACAAUUCCUGGCUCUGGUGGUGGCGCUGGCUACGAAAUGAAGGAAGACUCCUCGUCAGGAUACCGUGGAUGGGGAUCGACAACGUUAGGCGGCUCGACAGGCCGCAAGGCCUCGACGACCAUGUCCGGCGGCAUGGUCUCCGAUACCCCAUACUCAGACCAACCCUACUCCGACGGUGCUUCACCGACGCGGGCCACACACCCCGGCGAGCCCCUGAUGCAAGAAGGGCACCACUCUCCUGAAGGCGAAAUACUCGGUGCUAUGGGCCCGUCCACGGCUAACAAUCGGGGAGGCAACGUCCGGCGAGGGCCGUCCAACGCAUCCUCAUCCUACAGUGCCGGCGCACCCUCAGACGGGUCCGGAGAGAUUGGCCAGGCCUAUGGUGGAGACCAGUACUACGCACAAUACGAUCCUUACACCGAGAACGGUGCAUACAACAGCCCGCCUGGUGGUCAGCCUGUUAUUAGGGAUAACCCGGCACGACGAAACACGCGCAUCGAGAACCCCUCGCACUUCCCGCAAAACCAGAGCGCCGGCAUCUCACAAAACUUCUAA